AUGGCGAAGUCAAAAGCAGCGGCGGACAUGGACUUCAAAGCCCUGCCCAAGAUCGAGCUCCAUGCCCACUUGACAGGCAGCGUAAGCCGCCGCACCCUCCACGACAUCUGGGCCCAGAAGAAGGCGGCGGGCGAGACGGACCUGGAAGACCCCAUCGUCGUCAUGCCGGAGGACAAGCACGACUACAACCUGACAACCUUCUUCCCCCUCUUCUCUUCCUACAUCUACAACCUCAUCACGACCCCGGAAACCCUUCACGCGGCGACAGUCUCCGUCCUGCAGGACUUCCACGCGGACGGCGUGACCUACCUCGAGCUGCGGACCACCCCGCGCUCUCUCCCGUCCCCGACGCCGCAGCCGCCGUCGGUCUACGUCUCGACGAUCCUCUCCGCCAUAGCCGCCUUCGAGGCGGCGCACCCCGGCCCAGGCACCAUGCGCACGCGUCUCAUUCUCUCCGUCGACCGCCGGCACACCCCGGCCCAGGCCCACGAGACGGUCCGCCUGGCGGCCGAGUUCCGCGGGAAGGGCGUCGUGGGGGUGGACCUCUGCGGCGACCCCUCGGCGCGGUGCCACGGCGGCGAAGGGGAGACCAUCUCCAUCUUCCGGGAGGCGUUCGCGGAGGCGAGGGAGCUCGGGCUGGGGAUCACGAUUCACUUCGGCGAGGCGGAGUGUUCGGGGCACCCCGGGGAGCUCGCGGAGAUCUUGUCGUGGGGGCCGGGGAGGCUGGGGCACGUCAUUCACCUCGGGGAGGAGGUGAAGCGGGAGAUCACGGCGAGGGGGAUCGGGCUGGAGCUGUGUCUUAGCUGCAAUGUCCACGCGGGCAUGGUCACGGGAGGGUUCGAAGGGCAUCACUUUGGGGAGUGGUGGGGCGUCGAGGGGAGUUUGAUUUCGUUGGGUACGGACGACGUGGGCGUCUUUGGGAGCCCGUUGUCCAAUGAGUACAGGUUGGUCGCCGAGCACUUCGACCUCUCCCGGGAUGACAUCUGCGCGCUUGCUCGCCGGGGUAUUGACUCCAUAUUUGGCGGCGAGGCCGAGAAAGAACGUCUCCGGCAGGUGAUGUGGUGA